AUGGCCUCUCGCAAGAUCUUAGUCGUUGGCGCUACAGACAGGCAAGGCGGCACAUUUGCUCGCGCUGCUACCGAAGCUCCCAAGGCUGAAGGUGCGCUCGAGAAUGGUUUCCACUUCGUUGCGCUCACACACAACGCCAGUUCUCCGUCCGUUCGAGAGCUCGCGCCCCUGAGUGACCACGUCAGCAGCGCCUCAGCGAACCUGAAUAACGCGAACACCGUACGGAAGGUCUUCGAAGACGAGAGGGCGAAGUCAGAGGGCGGGACCUGGGGAGUUUUCAUGGUGCUGGCACUCCCCGGACUCGGUGUGGACGGGUCUGGAGAGGAGGUUCAAGGCAAGUUGGUCACGAACCUGGCGUGCGAGUACAACGUGCAGCACUUCCUCUGCUCCUCUUCCGACCACGCCCGCGACAGCCGCGACGAGCAUGCAACGCUGAGCCACCUCGCCAAAGUCAAUAUCGAGAAGAAUAUCAAGUCGAAGCAGGGCCUGAGCUGGACAAUCAUCUGCCCAGUAUAUUUCAUCGAAAUGUUUGAAGGUCUCGUCGGCCGCGUCACUUUCUCAGUGGUGCGUUCUGGCUUGAAGAAGGACACGAAGUUGCAGCUUGUUGUCGCCGCCGACAUUGGACGCGUAGCUUGUGUCAUCAUGCGCUCGCCGGACACCUAUGACGGACAGUGA